AAAGAUAGUGUAGCAUGGAGGAUCUCAGAAAAAAAAGUUCCAGUAGCAGUACCAUAACAAGAGAGCGGAUUGCAACGACAAACCUGUUCAUGUUCAUCCUUUGACAAGUUUAUGACAAAUUCCAAGAGACCUCAGCAUCAGCCUUUAUAAAUAUUAUUUACUCGCACGAAUAUCGCAAUGGCGCUCCCAAGCUCUAAGCCAAAGCUGCCUGUCGCAGUCGAGAAGCCCACGCCCUACACAUUCGAUCUCGGCCAUCUUCUCGCAGAGGACCCCAACCCCGUCACUCUCGACCGCGAUAAUCUCGAGCAGUCCCUCGCCGAGCUUGCCCGCGACGGCGCCCAGUCACUCAUCAACCAGUUCCUCUCCACCUGCCCUCUCAACUCCACCGCCGAGGGCGUCCUUCUCACCCUUCCCGCCCCGAGCACCCGUCUCCCCCGCGAGAAGCCUGUUCCGCAGGCCAAGCCUCCUACUAAGUGGGAGCGCUUCGCCGCCAAGAAGGGCAUUAAGCCCAAGACUCGCGAGCAGCGUCGCAAUCUUGCCUUCGACGAGCAGACAGGCGAAUGGCAGCGCAAGUGGGGAUACAAGGCUCUCAACAAGAAGGGCGAGGACUGGCCCAUCGUCGAGGUUGAUAUGGAAGCCGAGAAGAAGCGAAAAGAGGGUACCUCAAUCCGUGGCGAUGGUCGAAGAGAGCGCAAGGAGAGAAUCAAGCGCAACGAGCGAAAGAUGCGCAAGAACCAGGCUCAAGGUACAGGAAAAUAGGCUGCGACAGCUUUGGAAGGAACGGAAUUGGUCGACAAUUUCUUGUCGGCCUUGGUCAAGACUACUGUUGUUGAGCAUGGAGCGGCGUUCAGGACAUUGGCGUUUCGAAAUCGGCAUGUUAAAAGCUAGGGACUUGGGAUGGUUUAGACGUUCGGCUUUGGAAGAAAAGAAUGAAAAAGGAAGACGCUGCAGCUGUCAAUCUCCUUGUUGUCUGGUACUCACCAGACCGUGUCUAAAUGGAGUCCAUGUCCCCCGACUGUGCGUCACGACGAAAUACAACAGCCAUGGGUUCUCCCCCAACCUGAUAGUUGACGUUGAUGAAGAAUAUGCAAUUAAUAAAUAAGCGAUUUCUGGCAGAGUAUGUUUUACUAAAUUCCGCGCACUAUCUAGGUAGCCUCUGCCAAUCUCAACUCUACUAUCCAACA